AUGGCUGCCUCAAAUAUUGUGAAUGUAUUGCACCAGCCGGAAAAAUCCCGUGUAUUGACUGGAGAAGAAGCUAAGGACUGUAUUCCAUGCCAGGUCAUGGGAGCUUUCACUGCAAUGGCAGCGGGUGGAUACUUUUCGUCCGGUCACUUAUUCAAAAAUGACAAAGAUUUAGUGAAAAAUCCAAAGUGGUGGAGGCAGUCAAUCAAAUAUUUCGGUUAUGGCUUGAUAGCUCUUGGUGUGUAUCGUGGAGGUCAAGGAUGGUUAUGGGACAAAGAUAGGGAGUAUAAGGAAGUGAAAUUCUUGUCAAAAUGA